AUGAGAAUUCAUCAGCCAGCCAUCAAAAUAAGACAUCUUGAGCCCUGGAAAAUUGCUCUCAUUGUCAUUGGAACAGCAGUGGCAGCAGCUAUCACCAUUGGUCUCCUAGUUUAUUUUCUGGCGUAUGAUCAGAAGCUGUUCUAUUACAGUGGCAACGUAAAAAUCACCAACAUCCGAUACAAUAAUGAAUUGUCCAGACAGUCCUCGGGAAGGUUUAGAGACCUGAGCGAGAGGGUUGAGAGACUGAUCGACAAGACAUUUUACAAUUCCAUUUUAAGGAAAAAAUACAUCCGUUCACGCUUAAUCAGAGUGAGCCCAGAUGCUGAUGGUGUGGUGGCAGAGGCUUUGCUCACAUUCUGGUUCUCCUCCACGGAUUCUAGAGAAGCAUUGCGAGAAAGAGUUGAAAGGAUCUUACGGAGGGGCCUGAAAAAAUACACAGGGUCGCUGCGAAUAAAUGUCAGAUCUUCUACCGUCUCAAUCUGUGGGUUACGGCAGAAUAGAUCAGUCAAGUCAAUGGCAAAAUCAUCAUCGUUGCGAAUAGUUGGCGGAUUGUCUUCUGCAGAGACCGGGGACUGGCCAUGGCAAGCUAGUUUGCAGUACAAUAAUAUCCAUCGCUGUGGUGCAACACUCAUCAGCAAUACAUGGCUUGUAUCUGCAGCUCACUGCUUCAGAGACAUGAGUCACCCUCAGAAGUGGACUGCUACUUUUGGAGCUCUUUUGAAGCCACCAAGUUUGAAACGAUCCGUCAAGACUAUUAUUAUUCAUGAAAAGUAUCGCUACCCAGAACAUGAUUAUGACAUUGCACUUGUGCAGCUCUCUAAACGAGUUGAGUUUACGAGUAGCAUACACCGCGUUUGUCUGCCUGAGCCAUCUCAGACUUUUCCGUACAAUAUUUAUGCUGUCAUCACAGGCUGGGGAGCACUUACCAAUGAUGGUCCAACUCCAAACGCUCUUCAGGAAGCAACAGUGAAACUUAUCAGCUCAAACACUUGCAACAGAAAAGAAGUGUACAAUGGGGACAUAACACCCAGGAUGUUGUGUGCUGGAUACUUGGAAGGAGGAGUAGAUGCUUGUCAGGGGGACUCUGGGGGACCACUGGUUACUCCAGACUCUAGACUGAUGUGGUACCUCGUGGGAAUAGUGAGCUGGGGAGAUGAAUGUGCCAAACCAAAUAAACCUGGAGUUUACACACGAGUGACUUAUUUCCGUGACUGGAUUACCUCAAAAACUGGCAUCUAA